CCAGCAGCCCGCCUAUAGACAACCUCAUCGUUAGGACAGGAGACACUUUUACAGUCCCUCCUCCAACGGGUCGGUAUGUAAACAGUCAGAUCUUGUGCAAAACACAGCGAAGUAUCCCAGAGCUGCUCCCAUACUACCGGCGGCGCUUUACAGGACAGCCGCAGCCUUAGAAUUGUUCUUAUUGCUUCACUUAUGAGGAGAGAAAAGAGGUUGCAAACACUCCAGUGUGUUUUCUUCAUUUUUUUGUUUUUUGGGGGGGGGCUAAAGGCUAAAUCAACUUCAAAUCAGCUUUGAAACUGUCCCGGAGAGGUGUUGGUCAGUAUCGAACAUUCGUCAGGAUAUCAGACGACCAGAGCGAGACCCUGAGCUCAGUGAGUUCAGCGACCACCAUUCCCGAUGAACUCUGACGGCUACGACUGGAUCGUUUAAGGGAAAAAUAAAAUGCAGCAAAAGUAAUCCUGACAGAGUGACCUUGCCUAGUUUCAAAAAUGCGAGGCAGUUGCCAUCGAAUGCGUGGAUUUUGUGUUCUUUGAAAAAAUAUUAUAUCCUUGCAGGACACUGUCAACUUUGGGAAAACCUGGUGAAAAAGGUAAAGGCACAUCUGCGAAAGACAACGAGGGUAUAACUGAAUAAUGACAGAGGAAUCAGACUGGGACUUGAUAGCGGCAGCUGACACUACAGCUCUUCCCUACGGAAUAUCUUAAGAUGUUUGUGGUUUGAACUCCCGGUGAGACAGAACAUUCAGUGAUAAAAGUUAAAGCGGCCAAAGUUGGGGGUGUUCUACAUGUUUCACCUUUACCUAACAACGCGCUGGACAGACUUGUGUGACAGAUCUACGGAUGACAGCACGCAGCAAAACUGUCCACCUCUGGCAAGUAUGGGUUUAAUACAAGCAAGGACAAGUGCCUUCCUGAUUUUGUAUGCAAUCUGUUUCUGCACGGCACUGAGCUCCGUGGAUCCUGAGCGCCCAGGUGAUGGCAAGUGUCAGCCCAUCGAGAUUCCUAUGUGUAGGGACAUUGGUUACAACAUGACAAGGAUGCCCAACUUGAUGGGACACGAAGAUCAAAGGGAAGCCGCCAUCAAGCUGCACGAGUUCGCCCCACUAGUGGAAUACGGUUGCCACAGCCACCUGAAGUUCUUUUUGUGCUCACUGUAUGCUCCUAUGUGCACGGAACAAGUUUCCACUCCUAUCCCAGCUUGUCGUGUCAUGUGUGAGCAAGCCAGGCUGAAGUGUUCUCCCAUUAUGGAACAGUUCAGUUUUAGGUGGCCGGAGUCCUUGGACUGCAGCAAGUUGCCCAAUAAAAACGAUCCUAAUUAUCUUUGCAUGGAGGCACCCAACAAUGGAUCAGAUGAGCCUCCUAAGGGUUCAAGCAUAUUGCCACCCAUAUUCAGGCCGCAGAGACCAAGUACUGGACACGAGCUUCCACAAAAGGAUCACCCCAACAAAGGGACUUGUGAAAAUGCAUGGAAAUUUCACCAUGUAGAAAAGAGUGGUUCGUGCGCUCCUCUCUGCGCACCAGGAGUCGAUGUGUAUUGGAGCAAGGAGGACAAGAGGUUUGCCACAAUUUGGGUUGCUAUCUGGUCCAUUUUGUGCUUCUUUUCCAGUGUUUUUACAGUGUUUACCUUUCUUAUUGAUCCGCAACGCUUCCGAUAUCCUGAAAGGCCAAUCAUCUUUCUUUCCAUGUGCUACUGCGUUUACUCCGUUGGUUAUAUUAUCCGACUCUUUGCCGGGGCAGAGAGCGUAGCCUGCGAUAAAGACAGUGGGCAGCUUUAUGUUAUUCAGGAGGGGCUAGAAAGCACAGGAUGUACCAUAGUCUUCCUUAUCCUGUACUACUUUGGAAUGGCAAGCUCGUUAUGGUGGGUGAUUUUAACAUUAACAUGGUUUUUAGCGGCUGGGAAAAAAUGGGGCCACGAAGCUAUUGAAGCCAAUAGCAGUUAUUUCCAUUUAGCAGCAUGGGCCAUUCCAGCUGUCAAGACAAUUAUCAUCUUGGUCAUGAGAAGAGUUGCUGGAGAUGAACUGACAGGGGUAUGUUAUGUGGGCAGUAUGGAUGUCAAAGCUUUGACUGGUUUUGUGCUUAUUCCUUUGUCAUGCUACCUUAUCAUAGGCACAUCUUUCAUUCUCUCUGGCUUUGUUGCACUUUUUCAUAUUCGUAAGGUCAUGAAAACUGGUGGGGAGAACACAGACAAACUUGAGAAACUUAUGGUUCGUAUUGGUGUUUUUUCAGUGUUGUACACUGUGCCUGCUACUUGUGUUAUAGCUUGUUACUUCUACGAAAGACUUAACAUGGACUACUGGAAACUUUUAGCCACUCAGGAAAAGUGCAAAACAAACAGUGAGACCAAAACACGGGACUGUACCAUGCACAAUUCAAUCCCAGCAGUAGAGAUUUUCAUGGUUAAGAUCUUCAUGCUCCUGGUGGUGGGUAUUACUAGUGGCAUGUGGAUCUGGACAUCCAAAACUUUGCAGUCUUGGCAAAAUGUCUUUAGUAGAAGGUUAAAGAAAAGAUGCAGACGAAAACCAGCCAGUGUUAUUACCACCACAGGUGUGUACAAGAAGUCACUUCCACCACAGAAAGUCUCCAAUGGGAAGUAUGAAAGUGCACUUCAGGCACCAACAUGUGUAUGAUAUGAAUAUGUGACUUGUUUUGCACUGUAUCCUUUUUACCAAGUUUUAUAACUAAAAUAAAACAGUGACUUUUAAACCGAGCAACAAGAUCUGCAUCUUCAGUUCAUUAGAAAGUAAUAAUGUUAUCACAAGCACAUGGGACAUUUUGCUGUGUCAGAGUCAUUGUGAAACUCUUAAACCGUCAUUUCUGGAAACUAGUGAACUAAGAUGUGUUUCAUUCUGUGAACAGUAUGAGGGAGAAUGCAAGUGUUUCCUGUUAGGAAACUAUGCUAUCUUGGAACUAUUAGGUUUAAUUUAAACAUUUUUUUAAAUCAAAUGCAGCCCCCCAUACAUAUAUAUAUAUAUAUAUAUAUAUAUAUAUAUAUAUAUAUAUAUAUAUAUAUAUAUAUAUCUGGUUAAGCCUGACAAGGAGACCAUGGUCAAAUUUUGCACAAUUCUUUAAAGUGCCCCUUAUAUUUGUAAAUACUCCCUAACACACACACACCCACGUACAAACACCACCUAAACUAGUUCAUUGUUUAACAGAAGUAAUUUAUGAACAGCAGUUGUUAGACAAUAACGUUUUAUGUUUUAUAGCAAUAUCUGGAAAGUUGAAUUGCUGUAAGUAUGUAACACAUAGCAGCUAGUCUGUGAAAUCCCUCAGUGAAAUGUAAACAAGCAAACUGUUUAAUAUGCAGUAUUCUUCGUUUUCCAGCUUAAGCAGAGAAAGCACUAUUACUCUUACUAACUCUUAACCACAGAUAAAGACAACAAAAGAGGUCUCCUGGCAAGAGAAGCAAGAUAUCUUGCUGGCAGUACUCCUCUGGGGUUGCAUGUUUGCAUUUUAAUGGAAAUCAAGUCAGUAUUAAACAUGUUUGAACUGAUCUGAGAGGAAAAAAGAGAAGGAUCAAUUUAAAGGAACUCAAAGGGCUUAAUGACUCUUCCUAUUAUUAAGCAAAUUUUCUUCAGUAACUGAUCAAGGAGCAAGCACUAGCACUGCAAAGCGAAACUUUGCAGCAGGUUCUUUUACAUGUGUAUUUAGUUACGAUAAGCUGACUGUAAAUAUUUGUAAAAUAUUUUUUCAAGGCCUGCUAUUUUAUAAAGAAAUAAAAUAUAGUAGUUUAACAAAAGAA